AUGUUACUGGCGUACGAUGCUAAACCUUUCGAUUUUGCUAUGCCUUUUUUCUUCAGGUGUGCUCCUCUACCGGCCAUGAAAAUGACGAUACUGGAUCAUCUGGAGCGAAUCAAGGAGGAGUACAACUUCAUGCAGACCCAGUUGCAGCAGCAACGAGUGGAGAUUGAUAAGCUCUCGCAAGAGAAGGAAGCAAUGCAACGACACUACAUGAUGUACUACGAGAUGAGCUACGGCCUAAAUGUUGAGAUGCAUAAGCAGACCGAAAUUGCGAAACGUUACAAUGCAAUCUUGUCGCAAAUAAUCCCACUUCUUCCGGCCGAGCAUCAGCAAUCCGCCCUGGCCGCCAUAGAACGUGCCAGGCAAAUUAGUAUGGCCGAAUUGCAUCAGGUUAUCCUCUUUUUUUUAUAGUU